AUGGAUGUACAUGUGAAUCAACUGAAAAACAUCUCACCCAUCGACGGUAGAUACAAGAAAUCGUGCGAAGAAAUUAGGGAAUAUUUUUCAGAAUACGCUUUGAUAAAAUAUAGAAUAAUUGUUGAGAUAAAAUGGUUAAUAUUUUUGAAUGAGAAAGAAUAUUUCUUUUCAAAGGUUAGUGAUAAUAAUUUGAGUUGUAUAAAAUCUAUAAUGGAAUUAAUAAAUGAUGAUGAUAUAUUGCGUGUAAAAAAGAUAGAAGAAGAAACCAAUCAUGAUGUGAAAGCUGUUGAAUAUUUUAUAAGAGAGAAAUUAGAAAGUUUAAAAAAUGAAGAAAUAACAAAAGUAAUACCAUAUGUACAUUAUUUAUGUACUAGUGAAGAUAUAAAUAAUAUAGCUUAUGGUUUAUGUUUAUAUAAUUGUUUACAUAAUAUUAUAAUACCAAAUAUACAAAAUAUUAUAGACAAAUUAAAAGAAUUUUCUUUUAAUUAUUCUGAUAUCCCUUUAUUAUCAAAAACACAUGGACAACCUGCAUCAGCAACUACAUUUGGAAAGGAAAUGUCUAACUAUUAUUAUCGUUUAUAUAAACAUAUAAAUAAAUUAAAAAAUAUUGAAAUAUUUGUUAAAUUUAAUGGAGCUGUAGGGAAUUUUAAUGCACAUAAAGUUUGUGAUCCUAAUAUUGAUUGGAUUCAUAAUAUUACAUAUUUUAUAGAAACAUAUUUUAAUUUACAUUUUUCAUUAUAUUGCACACAAAUACAAGAUCAUGAUUAUAUAUGUGAAAUAUCAGAUACAUUGGCUCGUUUAAAUUAUACUUUAAUUGAUUUAUCUGUUGAUAUGUGGUUAUAUAUUUCAUCUAAUAUUCUAAAACUUAAAAUUGUAAAAAAAGAAAUUGGAAGUAGUACUAUGCCACAUAAAGUUAAUCCUAUAGAUUUUGAAAAUGCUGAAGGAAAUUUACAUCUAGCUAAUUCAUUAUUCAAAUUAUUUAGUUCGAAAUUACCUAUUAGUAGAUUACAAAGAGAUUUAUCUGAUUCAACUGUUCUUAGAAAUCUAGGUUCAUCCUUUGCUUAUUCUUUAAUAUCAUAUAAAUCUUUAUUAAAAGGAUUAAACAAAAUUGAUGUAGAUCAAAAUGUUAUCAAUGAACAAUUAAAUCAAAACUGGUGCACAUUAGCAGAACCGAUACAAAUUAUUAUGAAAAAAUAUAAUAUUCCUGAUUCUUAUGAACAACUCAAAAACUUUACACGAGGUCAAUCUAUAGACAAACAAUGCAUCCAUCAAUUCAUACAACAAAAUUGUUCUCAACUACCAAAAAAGGCAAUCGAAGAAUUGAUGAAUCUAACACCUCACAAUUAUGUUGGAUAUGCAAGUUAUUUGUCAAAAAAUGUGGAACACUUGACCAAACAUAAAAAAGAAAAUUAA